CAUGCUGCGGGAGCUGCGGCGGCGCUGGGGCUCCUACAAGUACCGCUUCGUGCCCUGGCUCGCCCUCAACCUCCGCCGCCAGCGCAGGACCCUUCGAUAUGUUCCUGACAACUGUCAAGACAAAAUUAUUGCUGAUGAAGACGUCUUUGAAACACUACUCAAAACAUUUAAAGCUCUGUUCAUAAAUGACUUCAGUAGACAAGCAGAUAUUCUGGCCUUACUUCCAGAAGUCAAGUGUCAAUAUCUGGAAUUACUUACUGUGGAGCAGAAGCGGUCAAAAGUAAAUUCUUGUAACCAUCAGAGUCAGCACCUAUUUAGUCCUGAGGAAGUUUUGUUUAACACACUUGGGUUCACUGUUAGCAGAGACCGGAGUUCCCUGGUGUCUGCUGGAACUGGAGUCUUUGUUACCAGAGGCUUUGUACCGAAAGGGACAGUUGUGUCUAUGUAUCCUGGUACAGUAUACAGAAAGCAUGAGCCCAUCUUUUUCCAGUCCCUUGGCAAUCCCUUUAUUUUUAGGUGCAUUGAUGGUGUCCUUAUUGAUGGGAAUGAUAAAGGACUGUCAAGAUCAGUGUACAGGUCUUGCAGCAGAAGAGAUCAACUCGGCCCUUUGCAAAUGAGUGAUGAGAGCUGGCUCACAGCCACCCCGCAAAACCCACUGGCAGUGGGACAGUAUGUCAACAACUGCUCACAUGAAAAAGCAGCAAAUGUGUGUUAUCAAGAGUUUGAUGUGCCAGGACAUUUUCCAGUAGAACUGAAACAGUAUCUUCCAAACAUCGUCUACAGCCAUGACAUAGAGAGCCACUUGAGGUGUGUAGUUCUUGUCACUCUCAGAGACAUCAAGCAAGGAGAAGAACUUUUUUCAAAUUACUACACUAUUGUCAGCUGAAUUAAUAGAUUCAAAACUGAAGAAGUCUGUGUCAAUAAAAUAUGUACAUUGUUUCAGUA